AUGAGGGUAUCCUUCUUUACCGUGGCCGUACUGGCUACCUUGAUUGCCGUGGUUGCAGCAUGGAGCAAAGAAGUUCAUACCCCAGACCAAGAAAUCUUCCGUCUACGAGAUGAAGUCGAGACCUCUGAAGGACCCGGCAUCUCCUUCUACGAUUUCCUAGAUAUCACUCCCUCUGCGAACCAAGACGAAAUCAACAAAGCCUACCGCAAGAAGUCGCGUCUUCUUCACCCCGAUAAAGUCAAGCAACAAUUCAUUGCUGAGAAAUCUACUGGCAAGGACAAACCCAAAGGCAAGAAGCCAGGCGUUCAUGUCUCCAAAGGCCCAUCCAAAACAGAGAUUGCCACCGCAGCCAAAGCAGCUAGCGACCGAUUUGCGCGCCUGGGUAUAGUGACUAACAUUCUUCGAGGCUCUGGCAGAGAGCGCUACGAUCACUUCCUCAGCAAUGGCUUCCCCAAGUGGAAGGGUACCGGUUACUACUAUGCGCGCUUCAGACCUGGUCUUGGCAUGGUGUUGACUGGCUUGUUUAUUACUGUUGGUGGAGGUGGACAUUGGCUUGCGCUUUACAUGAGCUGGAAGAGACAGCAGGAGUUUGUGGGGAGAUAUAUCAGAUUCGCGAGACAUGCUGCUUGGGGUGAUAAUUUGAACAUUCCUGGAUUGGAUGGCACCUCGACACCGCCCGUCUCAACUGCCGCAGAUCAUUCGGAUCCUUCUGCUCAACCCAUCAACAGAAGACAGAGGAGGAUGCAGGAGAAGGAUGCUAAGAAGGACAACAAAUCCGAGAAGAAAACCAAGGGCAUCAAGGCUGCGAAGGCAUCACCUGCUGCUACACCUCCUGUUGGCGCCACUGGACCUAGGAAGCGUGUUGUGGCUGAGAACGGAAAGAUUCUUGUCGUUGACUCAGCUGGAAACGUGUACCUCGAGCAGGCAAAUGAAGAUGGCCAGGCCCAAGAGUACUUACUCGACCCCAACGAACUCGAAAGGCCAACAAUCAAAGAUACAGCUCUCAUCCGUGUCCCCCUCUGGGCUUUCGACCGCAUCGCCGGCAAAUUUCUACGCAAGGCACCUACUUUUGCCGAGGACGAUGAAAAGGAAGAGGAAGUGGUUGAGUCCAGCAGCUCUGGUGCUGAUGAUUUCGAGGUCUUGGAGAAGGUCAAGACAACUGCGCAGAAUGGAACUGGAAAGGCGACAAAGAGGAGUAAGAAGACUGCUCGUGGUCGGUAG